AUGCGACAGGAGGAUAUGAAAAGCAUGUUUGGAAUCUGUGUAGAUGUUGAGGGACUGUCCCUGUGCCAGCUGGAAGACACGAAUACACACUUUCUUUGUUGCAACAUGAUCAUCAAGUCCCCUACCUCAGAAAACCCUCUCUGGUAUGAAGGACAGUGCUCAGUGGAUGAUAAAUUUUCCUUUAAUUUUAAUAACAUAAAAAAGACCAUGCCUUUGGAUAACCAGGGGAAGAUGUCAAAUGCCAAUGAAGUUAAGGGAUGUUUGACCCAAUGGCUGAAUCACUUGGGCCAGGAGUUAAGAGACAAGGUGUCUGACAUCAAAGUGGACACUGCAAAGACCAGUGGUUACCCCACUUUACAGACCACCAUGGUUUCUCAGCACAGACAAGGACAAAUCAUUGGUGCCUCCUGGCUAUUGAACAUCAGUGAAAAUUACUUUUUCACCUUGGACAUAAUGAAUAUGACCUGGAUACCGACUAAAUUUGUACCUGAGAAUAUCAUGAAUGAGUGGAGAGAUGAUGUGGAACUUAACAAACAUCUGAAGAACUCCAUAGCAGAAUGCAGUCAGAAAUUCAAUGAAUUUGUAAAGUGGCACAAGGAAAGCCCAAGAUCAACACCAAGGGUCCCAGAUAGCACCCAGCUUACAUCAACUACCCAGCUUCCACCUACCAGCCACUUUCCUUAUAUGGAAGUACUUAUCCCUGUGGGAAUCGUCGUCGUCUUAGUGUGCAGUUUCAUUGCCGUAUAUUUGUGGUGGAACCAUUAUAACCAAGGAGUAAGAAAUCUUCAGCUGCUCAGGGACUGCCACAUAAAUUACCACAAGCCACAGAACUAGGGGCCAAAGGAGACAAAAGGAGAGGUUCCCAACAAGACCACCAAAAUGUUGUCAAGAAGGAAGAGCCCAAGGCAUUUG